AUGAGCGUGUCAUCGGGAUCGUUCGGAUCGACCAUGGUCACGUUUGCGUACUAUUUGUGUUUUGCCGUAAUUUUUAACGGUAAGUCAAUUGAUAAUACAUUAUUGUUUAAAACUUGAAAAAAUAAACUAAAUAUAUAUAUAUGAAAGAAAAAAAAACAAUCAUAAUUAUAAUAUUAUUCUGAGACAAUUUCCGUUAUGUAGAUUUGAACUGUCGUAAUUGUUAUACGAUUUUUGUUUAUACAUUUUUGAAUUUUAAUUGAUUUAUAUAAUAACUAGGGAACGGACUUUAAUGCCAUAAAAAAUAAGAAAAUUGCCCUAAAAAAAUACGACUUAAUGCCUUAAAAAAAUGCCCAAUAAAACAUUAAUUUUGAUGAAAUAAUGACUUAACUCAACAGUGCAAUACAAAAUUACAAUUUAGAUAAAUAGAUUAUCUUAUCUUUACUUGUAUAUAUGUAUAUACGUGUGUCAACAAUAAUUUCGUCUGGAGUUAGGGUUUAUCCGAUCGGUAAAAACAUAAUAAAUAUUUAUUUUUAUUUUUUUAGAAUGAAUGUUAAUAUACAUUUGUAUCGAAUUUUAUUCAUUCCUAAACGAAAAUGACUUAAAAACAUAAAUGCCCUAAAAAUAUCAAAAAAUGCUCUAAAAAUGUAAUAAAGUCUUAAAAAUGCAAAAAUAUGCAAAAAAAAUGUAAAAUAAAAGUUACACUUCUUAAUUCCUUGAUGUAUGAAAUGAACUUUGUGCUUGUAAAGCAAUGUUUUCUGAUAUUCAGAAAAAAAAUGCAAUUUGCAUUCAAAUCCGAUCUCUAAUAAUAACUUUCGUGUACAAUUUUUUAACAUUUCUGUUCGGGCGAAACAAUCUGAUCUACAUAAAAACUAAAUAUAAACUUAAAAAUUCGAUAAUUUCAAUCGUCUACAAACAGCUAAUAUUAUUAAUCUGCGCAAAUUGCAGUUUUUUAGGAUUGUUUCAAAUCGAAUAGUAAUAAUAAUAAAUUAGAAAAUAAGGAAACCGCGAUCUUGAUAUAAAUUUGCUCGGUUGUUUCCCUCACGUUUUUCUCAAUUAACGAAACUAUACUACAAGGAAAAUCGCAUCAUAGUAAAAAGCAAUACAUUCCUCGCUGCGUUUAGAAUCUAAAAUAUGUAAGAAAAUUCGAACAAAUUUUUUUCUUGCAUAAGAAUUUUAUUUUAUUGUUUACAUUUAUUUUAUAUUAUUCUUUGCUACAUAUAUAAUAAAACUCGAGCCAGUAUUCCCGAGUAUACUUUUCCAAUUGCCUCAUUGCGUAUCGUAUAAUGAUUAUUAUUAUUUUAAUCACCUAAUACAAUUACAUCGAAUUAGUAACUAUAUAUGUAUAUACACUAUACCGUAUAUAUAUAAAAACUUUGUUACACGAAGUUACUUCUGCAAACUUUUACACCACUCACGUAUGACGAGUGCCUACUGAAGUUUCAAGUACCUAUACCUAUACCGUCUAACUACAUUUUCAAAAUAUCGUAUGAGAAACUCGGACGUGUUAAUAUAAAGAAUAUAACAAUAAUAUUCUUUGUUGAAAUAAAAUUCAAAAUAUUAAAAAAAAAAAAAAAGGCUGACAUUGUUAGUGGAUAUUUUAUUGAUUUAGGUGGAAAGUUGAAAGGGAGGAUGGAAUAAUUUUAUUUUAUAUCUGUACACAACGAUACACUGCUACUAUUAAAAAACCAUUUUUUUCACUUGCAUUUGCCAAGAUGAUCCACAAAUACAACAAAACUUAUACAAAAAAAUGUCCUGUUAAUUCUAUUUAUUUGAAAAACUAGAAGCCAUAUUUAUUAUUCAUUAUAUUUAACGAUACACACGCGAAUAUACGUACAACUGUAUUCUGAUAUUUUGUUUUUACGAUUUAAGGCGAAUAUUACCUUAAAAAAAAAAAAAAAAAAAAAACAUUUUUUAUGAUACACCAAAAACAAACACAUUAGGUUUUUUUCAUAUUUUUUUUUUCACGUAUAAUGCAAUCAACUUGAUCGUUACAAAGGUAAAGGCACCUCAUCUACUAUAAAGUAUAAAUCGUAUUAUCCACUCUGUUCUUGAGCCGACUUGGUGUGUAUCACGUAUUCCGUGUAUAUAUAGUGUCGGCCAACUUUUCGGAACUUCGUAUAUAUAAAACGGUAGAAAUAUAAUGAAAUUAUUAUGUCCUUUGAAUAUCGUUCGUCUACGGGGAAAAAAUAUAAAAAAUACGUCCGUAAAUAACUACCCGAGGGAAAUCAUAUAUAUAUACAUAGUUAUAUGACGGUUUAAAAUUGUACCAACAAAAUUAAUACUUGCUAUUUCAUAUUUAUUUUAUUUUUAUCGUAUCAAACUAUUGUCUUAUAUCCUAUGUCAAACACAUAAUAAUUAGACUAUCCAACGCACGUAAAUAAACAUUUUUACGAAAUUAAAACCGAAAUACAUUAAAAAAUGUCUUGAUUAAAACUAAUUAGAAAAUACUUUGUAACUGUAUAUUAUAGUUUUUUUUUUAUUUUGUGUUUUUAAUCGAUUGUAUAAAUUGUUUUAUUUGUAUACUAAGAUGUAUAGCGUUAUAGGUUAUGAAAAUCAAAAUCCGUACAUUUUUUCGAUAACAUAAAUACUUAUUUCAGGUACACCGAUAGUAUGACGAUAAACUAAUAUAAUGUACGCCUUUAUUUUCGUUAAAUGAAACCUACACUGGUCCAGGUUAUCAAUGCGAAUUGGUCAUGAACGAUCGGGUUGGGUCACUAGAACUACCUUUUAGAUUCUGAGUGCAGCGAUAUUAGUAUUAUUGCAGUACAUGGUUUUUGAAAACUGUAACUAGUUUAGGAUUUGGGAAAUUGUUGAUUUUCCUUAUAGUUUUAUUAGUAAUCGAGAUAAAACGAGAAAAUUUAUUAUGACUAAAAUGGCGAUCGAUUUUAUUAUUAUUGGUUUUUUUUUUUUUUAAUAUUAUUGUUAUUAAGUUUAAAACGAUCGUAGAAAUAUUUUACAGAAUACGUAUAUUAGUCUUUUAUAGAUGCGUUUAAUAUUUUCAAAACAUUUUCAAGUUUUUGUUUUAUUGUCGAUAAAAUUAAUUCGGUUUAAUUAAUAAUUUAAAAUGCUUUUUCUAUAGUGGUAAACGGGCAUAGAUAAAUAAUCAUUACUGUGAGAUUCGAUAAGACAAAUUUUGUUAGACAAAUUACUAUUGCAAUAUCAAAAAGGUCCAAAAAUCUGUUUUGUUCUUAAUUUUCUAAAUUUCCUUUAUCGACCCGAGCACCAGAUAUAUUAUGUAAAUAAAUAAAUUAAAUAGAUGCGGUAUAUAAUAUACCUGUGCAGACAGAGGUAUUUGAAAAUGUGAAAAUUACCGCAGUAGCAGCCGGUGUAUAUUAAUAUCACUGUUAUAAAAUGCGCGAGCAUCGGCGUCGUAACAAUAUUGUAAUAUUAUUGAUUAACAAAUUCAAGAAAAAAAAAAAAAAAAAAAAAAAAAAAAAAACCGUAAAAAGGAUAAAACAAAAAAAACAGUACGGUUAAAUAUACGUAAAGACAGAUAAUAUUUAAUAAUUUCGUGAUAUCAAAAUUGUGUACGAAUUUAUUGUAAUUGGUUAAUUAAUGCACACACAUAUAGUCACUGGUCUGGAACAUGAUGAAUACACGUUAAAAAUUGAUUCAAACGCGUUUUUAAUAAUUAAUAAUUAUUAUUUGUUACAAAAAAAUUCUCGACAACCCAUUAUUAAAUUUAUAUUCAGUAUAUAGCGAGCAUUUGAAGCAUAAUAAUAGAAAAAAAAAGAUAGACAUGCUUCGCACGUAAGUGUAAUAACUUUAGUAGGUGGAAAGGUAGGUUACAAACGUUAAUUUUGUGUAUAUCUGUAAGCAACAGAUAAAACAUUGUAAACGAGAAACCGAUUCUGAGCGGAGUUCAGUUGAUAGUAUUUCUUUGUCAACAAUACAUAGGUAUGUCAUAUUAUAGUAAAAUGAUUACAAUAUGCGUUUCAAUGACAAAAAUGAUUGUUUAAAAAAGAUUUAAAAUAAUAAAAACAAAAAUAAAUAAAAACGUUUGUCAAUGACAACUUUAUUUUUAAUCUUCCAAUCUUAUAUAACCUAAAGAACCAGAUUUUCCUCAUAAUAGCGAAUGUUAAUGAGAAUUUCAAAAAAUGACAAUUCUAAAGUACUACCAAGAGAACAUUUAAAAAAAUAAAAAUAAAUAUCAUUGUAAAACCAAUACAUUCCUUGUUCCACUCAGAAUCUAAAAUUGUUACCUAUAUUCAGUAUUAUAAUAUCUCCUUCAGAGAAAAAUUGUAUCAAUAUUAUUAAGUCGUAUCGAGAGAUAUUAGGUUUAUUGUCUAUAAUAGUAGUGGGUAAAGUAUUUUUUGUCUGUAAGUUAAGGUUUUUGAUUUUUGAUAUACAAGAGCGAGUUAUACAAGAAUAUUCGAUUAAAAUAUUUUUAUUAAAACCAUUAAUUGGUUUUCACGGGUAUUUUGUUUUUUUGCGUUUUUAUCAUAAUAUUUAUGUAUGUUAAGGACAAAAAAAAUUACUAUAUACAAUUACUUAUCUUAAAUAUUUAUAUUUAUAUUUUCAAUCCUUAUACAAUUUCACUAUAUAGUUGGAUUAGGAGAAUACAAAAAUAUCAUUUCAGAGAUAGUCAACUAGGUGUAUAUAUCGUUUAAAUAAAAAGUGUUAAUUAUAACAUUUUUUUUUUUUUUUCAAAACUAUAAUAACCCUUAGUUUUAAUAGAUGAAUCUUGUUGACUACUUUUUUAACGGCACACCUUAUAUUAUAUACACACAUAUNAAUCGAAGCAACCGUUAAAAUCGGCUUUCGACAUAAAACGCCUAUUUUUUAAGAAAUUUGUUGGCAAAAUUUCAAAGACCAUCUUCGUUACUCGAAAUACUAAUAAUUAACAAAUUUGUUAAAAACAAAAAAAAAUGUGAAAUAUAGUUUUUUUUAGACCUUCGAUAACGAGUCGAAUAUUCAGAUAUCAUUGUCAAUACGACGGAGAAUAUUAUCUAUACAUUUAAAAAUCCGGUGCUUGACAUCUAGAAAACCGAUUUUAAAUACCCCAUCGUUUGUUUUACGCGAACACGUUUUUCUUAUACAGCAGUCAAAAAGACAGAAACAUUAAUAAUGUGCAAUCAAUUCGUUAUUGCCAAUAACUGUUACAAUAUCGUAUAGGUAUCAAUAAAUAGUAAAAAAAUAACAGUUUAUCCGUGUGGCAAUUAAUUGUUUUUCUCCGCGUUUUCAUGCAUGUGUAGUAACUCAAUAUCGAGGACAAUUAAAUGUUUUCCUGUUUUGUAUAAAAUCUAAAGGAAUAUAAUUGAAAUUCAAGGUCCGGCCAUGAUUCAUAAAGUACAGGUAUAGAUAUUAGCAAGUGUACUUAAUAUAUUAUGUUUUAAUGCGCUUUGGUGCAUUAUUAAAAGAAUAAUGACUAAAUAUAAAAAGAAUACGGACAUACUUUGCACGAUGGGUGGGCCACUAUUGUAAAUGAGAAGAUGGGAAGAUAGGAUAUAGAAGGGUAUUUAAUGAACAUCAACGAUAAUUGAUUAAUCUAAAACGAUUUUAAGCGGAGUUCGGUUGUACAUUUUGUGAAAGACCGUAAUAUUUACGAUUUGAAAAUAAUACGUUUCGUAAAUAUUCCCGUGUUUUUUCUCUUUUAUUAUGAAAAUAGCUGGGAAAAUAAAAAAAAAAUGUCCACUCCUAAGUAUCCCCUCCUAGUCAAAUUUCGUUUCAGAUAAAACGUCCUACACAUGGAAAUCGAAGCAAAAUUGGUGGUAGAAAAGUUCGCAGAUAAAAAAAUAAAAUAAAAUCAAUUUAAUUGUAAAACUAAUACAUUCCUCGCUUCGCUCAGAAUCCAAAAAUAACAUGAUUGCCGUAUAAAAAUGCUGUUGUACCUACACGUGUCAUUUUUUUAAAUAAACUAAUACAGAUAUAUAAAAUAUUUAUUUGGGUACGAAUAUAAAUUCUUUUAGUAUUCAGUUUAUGUAUAAAAUAUAUAUAAUGAAUAUAAUACGAGUAUAUUGUAUAUUGUUGGUGGCAACAUAAAUUGAAAACGGAUGGACUGGUUUGGCUGAUUUUUUUGUAUUUUGUGUUCCUAAUUGUUAGGACAAGAUUUUUAUGAAAGACAUUUGUUGGAAAAUUUGUAAAUUUUGGAGGGUAUUUUUUUAAUGAAAACGUCAGUAAUUUUUUUUGAAAAUUUCAUUUUUAUCACCAAGAUUACUCGUAGACUAACAAAAAUAAUUUGAUAAUUGGCGAUCAGUUCUGCUGUCACAUGUUUUCGUAACAACAAAUUAAUGGUGAAUAAAAAUAAAGGUUCUUAUAAAAGAAAAUUUUUGGAAAAUCUACAGGAAAAUUUAGUAAUUUGUAUGGUAUUUGAGUUAUGACUUCCCUAAAAAAAUAUCUAUUCAUUAUUGUAUAAUAUAUAGAUUAACAAUUGAGUUAUCAAUUUUAUGUUAACAUAAAUCGUCGGCAAAAACGAAUAAAAAGAACGCUGUGUCGUCUGCGAGCGAAGACAAUCAUACGGUUCACGUGCUUUCCCACUUUCGAGCGUAGUCAUACCCCGAUUUGUUAGGUUAGGCUUCACUUCUUUUGUAAUUCAUCUCCUUUUCCUCAAAAAAUCAAAAAAAAUCGGUGUUUGGAUAUUUUUGUUAUGAAAACCUCGAAAAAACUUUUACAACCGAACACUUUUAGUUCACCGAAGGUGGACUAUCCACUUUCCACCUAUUUUUUUUUCAUUUAAUAAUGACACGGUUGAAACCUAAAAAUAAUAAGGGUAAAACAACAAAUAGAAAUUAACACGGGCAACGUCAGGCGGGAUAGCUAGUUCAAAUAAAAAAAUACAUUUGAAAAUGGUUUAAUAUGCAAUAACCAAUUAUUUUCGUACGAAAUAAGUGUCCGAAUACUAAGAAAGUAUUUGAAUGUUAUUGUAUUAAGUUACUUGACUACAAACCUGUUCGUUUGAAUUCUGCAGUAUAAUCAGCUUACUAUACCGUAGUAAUAAAUUAUCGAUAAUAGUAGAAAAUUAUAAUUAAUUGUCUAUUUUCAAUAAAACAGCUAUUGUUUCCCAUUUAGCUAAUAGUUAUGAUAUAUUCAAAAACCGUUAUCCGUACUAUAUUUUAAUUUAAAUUUGAAUUAAAUUAUUGUUGUUCAAUUGAUAUCGAAAUAAUUAGGCAUAUAGGUAACGUGAGCUUUACGGUUUUUCAUAAUAUACAUUGAUGAUAAUGAUAAUUAAUUUUAAAAACCAGUUCACAACAAAAAUCUUACAAUAUAAAAUAUGCUUUAUGGUUUCGGAGGGAUGAACUAUAAUUAUAGACAUCCUUGAAAUUAUAGCGUAAAGUUAUAUUUUUUUCAAACAAUUGUCGGCCAUUAAUGCGAUUUUACUAUGACAAUAAUAAAAUAAUCGAAAAUCGUCGAGUUUCGAAAUCCGGAUCCUCAAACCUGGUUUGUUAAAGACGAUUGGUCAGGCUCGUAUGACCGGCACGCCAGUGAUUAUCGACCCCGUGUUAUUUUACUACCACUCUCCGUCUGGUCGAAUUUUACCGGGGAGGUUCAAUAUUACACGGCGGUCAAUUUUUGCGGUUACGCGCCAGUACUCGGCUGCGCGAGUGGACCGUCGCCGUGGCGCGGCGGCGGCGUGUAAAUAUUGUUUCGCCACCCGCUACGCGGUUUUAACGCGCGGCUCAUUUGGAGAAAAUUUUCCAAAUUGAAACGAACGACUUUGCUCGCCGAGAGAACAAAGUAAUUUCAACAGAUUAAGUGAAAGAAAACGAGACGAUAGGGGUGGCGUACAUGAGAGGUGGCGGGCAAGUGGAGAAGCGGGAGGUGGCAAAAAGAACGUGAAAAAAAAACCGCGGUCUAAAUGUCACGCAAUAAAUCGUACCGGGUUUUUCGGUAAAAUCGCGCACCGGCACGCCGCCGUCUUAUAUACCUAUAUAUAUAUUAUAGAAAAAAAAGGGAACUAAACGCGCACAAAGAAAAGUGAAUGAAAAAGUGAAAAAAAAGUUUAGAUGAUAAUAAACUGCCGGUGGCCCGCGAACUUUAACCGACCACGAAAAUUCCGUCACUCGUGGUUUUUUUUUUAUCUUAUACUUACGCAUAAACACGUAUCUUAUAUUAUAAUAUUAUUAUAUCUUUGGUUCCAGAGAAAAAGGGCUUUUAAGUCUUUUUGGCACUUUUUUUUUUUUUUAAAUCUCGCCUAAUUUAAAUUGUUCCCCUAGGUUUUUGAUCUAAAUUGCAUAAUUCUAUAUAUUUUCAAAAUCAGUGUAUGUAGUAUAAUAUUAGUGUAUUAUUUUAUGUGCAAGUGUAUUUUCAAAAUUAAAUUUGCUUGUACCUGUUGAAAACUGUACACAAUUGACUUUAUAGCACUCUAUUUUGGGACAGAAUAGAUGUUCAUAAGCCCUGGUCCGCAGUAUGUUAGUGACUAUAACGUGAUAGUUUUUGUUGCGAUAAUACACAAUAAUUAACUAUCAAGAGCUGGGGACUGUUUCUGAGGAGCUAUUUCUAUUUUUUUUUUCGGUUUAUGUUGUUCAAUUUUGUUUUAAUAACCAUAAGUCAAAAGUAGUACGGGUACAGUACACUCGUCACUUUUUUCUUCAAAAAAUGAACACUUAGUUAAUAUUAAUAUUACUUAUCACUGUUGUUACUAUUAUCGAACGAAAUUCGGAGGAAAACUGAGGAGGUCAGGAUUCCUGUAAGAUUCCCAUCCGUGCCAGUUAUAACUUUGAUCACAAAAGACAAGUGCGUCCCCAAGUGAUGAUUGUGGAAUGCACAGAGUGUAUUUCUAUGAAAGUCUGUGAGAGCGCGAUAUAUAUGAAACAGAAAGAUAGUAAACUAUAAUAAACGUGUCAACAUCGUAAUAAUUAUUAUCGAUUAAAAGACAGCAGCUUUAAAUCGAUAUAACGCAAUCCGUGAUAGUCUGAUAGUAGUUUUACGACAGUUCACUCUGUUUGCACGAUAAUAGUUUACGCGUUAUUUAAUUGUCGUAGCAGUGAAUUAUUACGCGACUAUAUUACAAUAGUAACAACUAUAACAACGCGCGGGCCUGGAUUAAUAAUAUAUAAUAUACCUACUAAUGAUGGACACUACCGAAUAGUUUAUAGUAUGAAAUAGUUUAAACUACCAACAUACAUACUAUCAAAAGGUUUGGAUAUUAUUGUCUAUACGUAAUCGUCGAACAGUAUUGGCUAUCCGUCUGUCAUUCGUUUUAGAUUCUAGUGGAGCGAAAAAGCUUGGUUAUGGUUUCACAAAAAUGUUUUAUUCUUUUUCUGUGGACUAUUUUUUUUCUGAAUUACGAUGAUAGUAAUUUUUCUAUUUCAGGGAGGUAAUUUUUUGAUUUUCUCCAAUAAAUGCGAAAAAUCGGAAAAACGAGAAACUGGAUACAAUGUUAAACAAAUAUUAUUUAAAAAAAAUAUGUAAUGCUAAUGUAUGUUAUUUUACCAUAAUACGAUAUAAUAUAUAAAUUGUUGAAAAAGCAACACUAUCAACUGAACUCCCCUCAGAAUCGUUUUUCGUUAGCAAUGGUUUAUCGUUGCUAAUAGAUAUUUAUUGAAUUUCCCCUCUACCAUCUUCCCAAUUUCUCAUCUAAAACAGUGGUCCGUCCACAUGCGAAGUAUGUCCGUCUUUUUGACUAUGGAUAGUGUCCAUCACUUAUAAUAAUCACACAUCCACGUGUCGCGGUACUAUUACUAUUUAUCGCGUACAAUGAUUAAUAUUGGAAUUUUUUUUUAAUUUCGUUAUUUUUAUUUAUUUUUUUUUAUCAAUUUUCAGGUCAUAACGCAUUCUUCUUCUCGGAUGCCGCCAACACAAAAGCUUACACGGAGAAAGGUAAUUACUAUACGACAAUACCUGCGAACCAUUAUUCGAUUUUUUAAUUAAAAUACCACUUAUACCUAUAUAAAUAAUAUUCUUCUUUGUCUUUAUUUUGUUGAUAUUAUUUGUUUGAAAACAAAUUAUAGUGUCGUUCUUCACGACACUGGAUCGCACAAAUAUACGUACACUCACGGCCGUAUGUAAUACGAUUAAUAUGAAAUUAGCGACAUUUCAUUCUGGGGGCUCCAAUUUUAUGAAAAAAAAAAAAAAAAAACAAACCACGGUCAGGUGAAAACUAUAUUUAUAAAAUGUGUAAAUUAAUACGUGCAAGCGUACAUACAUUCAUAUAUUUAUUUUUUUCAAUUUCGUGAUUAUAAGGUGCUUGUUUAAUUGUUAAGUUUUGUUUUAAUAAAAUAACUUUUGUCCGAGGUUAUAAACUAUAAUAUGCAAGUUGAUGAAUAAUAUUAUGCUAAAUUAAUCGAAAAAACAUUAUCUAAAUAAUACGGCAACAUUUAAUUUAUUAAUAUUAUUAUUAACUAAGUCGUUAAAUUUAUUUUGAAAAAUAAUUGUUAUUGUAAUAGUGAAAAUUAUUAAAUAUAUAGUAAGCGUUUUUUUUUGUUGAAAAUAAGUGUAAUCACUAACAAUGCGAAACACGUGGAUUAUUCCGAAAAUAUUAAAUUGUAAAUACCUAUUUAUUUCAACUCGGAACCCCACGAAUGUUAUAUUAAGUAAAACACACAUAAUAUAUAUACGGCGGUACAUAAUAUUCAAAUUACAUUUGUUAAAAAUAUAAUGAAAUCAAAAUUCAAAAUUAACUAUAGUUUUUUAUACAGCCAAUUAAAGAAAUAAUAAUAAAUAAGUUAAAUUAAGGAAAAUCAAAAAUUGACUUCUAUUUUUAAUUAGUUUAUGGUCAAUCUUGGAUUUUCUCCAUUUUCUCCAUUUAUAUUCAAAACUUCAGCGGCGCGAUUCCGUCGCCAAAUUUUCAAAACCAUUGACUUGUUUACAUCAGUUGGAUUAGCAUUUUAUCAAUGAAAUCAAGCGAACCAGACCGUGAAAUGGCCGAUAAGACUAAUAUAGAUUAUAAGUAUUACGUGGAAUAAUAACAAUAUUAAUUCUUAGGAAUAACCUUCGAUACGAUAAAAAUAAACAGUUUACAAUUAUUUCGUGAAGAAUGUUAUCGGUUUAGUUUAUGUGCAAAUGAAUUUGCGAUGUUUAUCACAUUAAGUCGCAAUAAUAUAAGUACACAUUUUUAAAAUAGAUAUAUUAAAAAAUAAACCAAACGAAUAUCAAUGGAAUAAAAUAUAAUAUUUUUUGGUAAAAAUAAAAAUACAUAAAAACUUAUGUAGGUAGCUUACAUUUUUGGAAUUUGGAGCAAUUUUUUUCUCCCGUAAUGAGCUAUCCAUUUUUUCGUUCACUUUUAUGUUAUUUUAUUACGAUACAUAUGUGUACUACACGACGAAUAUAUAUAAUACUAUAUCUUUAUAGUUACUUCACUCUGCCCCCGGCCCCUCCCCUCGACUUAAACUAUCUCAGUUUGUACCAAUUUUCUCUAGAGUAUACAUCACCUAUAAACCGACUGCACAACAUCAAUUCGAGUUUUUUUUUAUUCAUUUCAAAUAUUCCCGGCACAAACUGCACAUUACAUAUUGCUCUCGACUUCCAUCCAUACGGAACCGAAUCAUCCAAAAGAAAUUCACUCACGUCUGACAUUGUAUAUAACACCGGGUAUGUAUUGGUAGGCCUAUAUAUAGGAAGUACCUAUACACUAGUCUAUAUGUGUGUAGGACUCGUUAAAGUCGGACUUAAGUCUCGAGUGAAUUGUUAUUUCGCGAACUAUAUUAUAUACUUAUACGCUUGUAUAUAAUAUAUUGGAAUAUAAAAAGAUGGAUAUAAAAUAAUAACCGUGCGCACAUAUAAUAAAUGCGUUUUUCCUUCUUAUUAGCCUUAUAAUAUUAUGUUACUAUCAUUGUGCAGACAUACAGUUUUGGAUCGAAAAUGGUAAGGGCACGUUGGCCGAGAAACUCGAGUACGUGAACAAGAAAGGUGUCGCCAAAAACAUAAUCAUGUUCCUGGGCGACGGCAUGUCGUUGACUACGUUGACGGCGUCGCGUAUUUACAAAGGUCAAAUGAAAAAACGUACCGGCGAGAACGAGUACUUGAGUUUCGAGAAAUUCCCGUUUGUCGGCAUGUCGAAGGUGAGAUAAAAAAAAUAAACGCCCACAACUAUAUUUUAUUAUUUAAAACUAUUGCGAAUAAAAACGAAUACCAUGACUGACGCACAAGUAUUACCUACCGUUCGUUACGAAAUUAUUGUUUAUCUUUUAUUUAUUUUUUCUUUUCAAAAAAAUCUUAUCCGCAAGCUUGACACCCGUCGCGCGUAACAUGUAUUCGGAUCCGAUUGGCAUCGUUAAUACGUGUUAAAAAAAUUAAUACGAUAUUUUAGAACAAAAUUAUGAUUAUUCGUCGUUAUUCGUCGAAUUUUCAAUCUUUUUUGUAAUUUUUUUUAGGGGAAUCCAAUUACUGUACACUUUAAAAUUAUAACUACGAAUAGUGUUGUGCCGUUAUCGAACGACACGAGACAUAUUGCUCGGAUGAUGUUUUUUUUUUUUGUUUGUUACAAAAAUUGCGUCAAGAAAGAACAAAUUGUUAAGUUACAUAAACGUUAUUAAUAUGAUAUUGAGCAAUCGUUAGACGUUACGUCGGUGGCGCCAAAAUAGUUAAACAACAUUUGGCCAAUAAACGAGCCCGAUAUUAUUAUAGAUUAUUAUAUAACAUAUUAUAAUAAUCGUUUAUAAAUAAUAUCACAUAGUAUCACAAAUAGCAAUGUUUUGCAGACAGUCAUAUUUUCUACAAUUAAUUAUUACUCAUAUACUAUGUGUAAAUUUCUCACCACUAGCACCACCUGCCACCGAAUUAUUUAUUCGGGUGGUCGCCCGAUUUAUACCCCGAGUUCGGUGCCACUGCAUAAUAUUAUUUUACUUUCGUCUUUAUUUUAGCGAAGUAGCAUUCGAAUUAUAGAAAAAAACAAAAAAAAAAAAAAAAACGGACAUACUCGCAUGACGGACGGAUCUCUGUUGUAGGUGAGAAGUCGGUGAGGUAAAAUACAAAAGGAAUUUAAUAUAUUUUUGUAUGCUAAUCGAAUGAUCAGCUGCUAUAAGUCAUAGCUAGCUAUUCGAGAGAGGUUUUCGAAAGAAGUUGGCGGCACAGAAGAUUUCUCGUAUGGACGAGACAUUUGAGACAUCUAGAAAAAUACCGUUAUUUUUUGAUUUAAGAGACUUACGCAUCGGAGCCGACGAAUGGUUAAUCAUAUGAAAUUACAAUGAGACUUCUUUUUUUUAAGUAAUAAUUUUGUUUAUGCUACGACGAUGAUGAAAUCGCUGACGCACCGACCGCCGCAUGAAUUUUUUUUUUCUAAUCAUAUUAGCAUGUUUUGACUACGAAGAAUUAUGUGUUUCUCACUCGAAUAACGAAUGUCCCUUGUGUGUAUUAUAUCAACGACUUUUUUUUUAUUAGAUAUCAAGUACUUAGUCAUAUCAAAAUCUUUUAGUUACAAUUUUAUAAAUAUAAAUAAUUAUAUAAACGUGUUGUGUGAACAUAACAUUACAGUAACGAAAAACGAUUUCAGUUAUACAUAUUUACGAUUUUCAUCAAAAUUUAAUAUUAAUGUUCUUAUGAAAAAAAAAACUACUACAUUAACUCAACAUUUUUCUUAAUGAACAAUGAAAUUGAAAAACAAAUGAAACCUCUGUUCAAUUUUUUAGUAUUUCUACGAGUAUUUGGUCUAACAGUUUAAUCCACCGUAGAGUACCUACCGAAUAAAUAUUGCUAAAAAAACUGUCAAAAUUAAAAUGUCUUUAGCUCUAAAUUAGCUCAAAAAAUUACUAAAAUGUUUUGAAAAUUGUAAUAUGUCUAUAGUGAAGACAUAUAUCUAGAUAAAUAUUCAUGUAUAGUUAAAACACAGUAUUGUUUAUGAGUAACGGUUAUGUUGAUUGUUUAUUAUUUCGUGUUUUGUUUAUAUAUCACGCUAUUUAUAAAAUGAUGAUCUCGUAUAUCGAUUCUAUUAGGCUAAACUCGCACGGAUUUAAAUUUGCGAUUGAUUCGGGCACCAUCGUCUGACAAUAUUGUGUCAGUGUUAAUGACGAGGGUAAAUGGUGUUAAUUGGCAGAGACCUAAGAAAAAUGCUGUCAAAGCCAAAGGUAUAAUGCAUAGUUAAAUUCAUGUGGUGACUGCAGGGAUGACAGCUGUCAAAAACAGUCGGAUACCGCAGAAAGGAGGAUACGGGGUGCCGCCGCAAAUGAAUAAUAAACAAUAUAUUAUAAUAUGCUGCUGAUGAUUAAAAUUUCAACCAAGUAAAAUUUUUAUACGUGCGGGUAUAUAAAAAAAAAUGAGUAGCUAAACCUACUUGGUAUUAAUGAUUGAAUUUAAUUAUUAUACCAUUGUGUAUAAAUAUAAAAUAUUUUUUUUCUCUAUUAACUAAAAUGCAUUUAUAUUACCGUCCCCUCCCUCCCACAAAUAUGACGUGGAUCGUAAUAUUAUGAUUAUUCCGUAAUAAUUAUACCUACGCAUAUUACUCAUUAAUUUAAAACGAAAAAUUUCUCAUUAUCAAUAUCUCAUUUUGAUAACGUAAAUAAUAUUAAAAAUGAACUGUUGUAUGUAUGUUAUAUACAGUAUGUAAUCGUUUGUUGGAAACACUAUCAUUUAACAAAUUUUAAAUAUAUUUGAAUUCUGUUUAUUUUUAUAUGUCAAUUUUAUUUCUAUUAUUGGAUAUUUUAAAUAACCAUUAAAUGGUGGGUACGGGUUUUCUCCAUCAUUUCACAACUGUUUUUAUCUGAAUAUUAGGUAAUUUAGAUACGAUCAAAUUACUGUUUUCAUUUCAAAUAGGCCAGUGCGACUACUAUUGUUUCUUACAUAUUUGUUUUACAAUCAUAUUUUACGAAUACGCGCGUGUUUAUUAAACAAUAGUUAAGUUACAUUAAAUAACUUCAUAAUUGAGAUAGCUUUUAGUUUAAAAAAAAUAUGAAUAAUUCAGAAAAAAUUAAAAUGCUUUUUGAUUACUGGGAAUGUGAAAAAAAUUCACGUCAGGCUGCACGUGCUUAUAUUGAACGUUACCCAAGUAUGUAUUUAUUAUUAAUUAUAAUUUUUCGUGUUGGUGAAAAUAAUAAAACAAUUUUUUGUUUUUCUAAAUUCAGAUAGGCAACACCCGUCACAUAGUUAUUUUCAUAAGUUAGAAAGGAAUUUAAGAAAUACUGGUUCUUUUUCUAACACAACAGUUAUUGCUAACCAGCAACCUAGACGAGUUAAUGCAUUAGGGGAAGAUAUUGAGGUUCAAGUGUUAGCGUACGUAAGAGCAAAUCCCAGAGUUAGUAUGCGUCAUGUCGGAUUUGAAAUAGGUAUUUCUCAUAAUGCAGUUCAUAAAAUUUAAAAAAAGCAUACAUUUCAUUCAUACAGGCCUGAUUUAGUUCAAAACUUACGCCAAUGUGAUGCUGAGCGUAGGAUUAUGUUUAUUUCUUGGUUGGUAACUCAAUUAGAAGACAAUCCUAUUAUUUAAAAUUACAUAUUAUGGACAGAUGAAUCCAAAUUCACCAACAACGGAGUAAUAAAUAAACAAAAUAAUCGUUAUCGGGACACUCAAAUACCCAUUGGGUUUUUGAAACAAAUAAUCAAUGUAUUUGGGGAACAAAUGCUUGGUGUGGUUUGAUUGGAGGUAAAUUGUUGGGACCUUAUUUCUACGACGGUACAUUAAAUGGAAGACGGUAUUUAGAAUUUCUAAUGAAUGAGCUACCGAUCAUGUUAGACGACAUUCCUCUUGCAACAAGAAACAAUUUGAUUUUGCAACAAGAUGGAGCCCCGGCACAAUUCUUCACGACACAAUUGUCGUGAAGAAUUAUUUAAAUGAACAUUUUGAAAAUCGUUGGUUAGGAACUAAUGGUAUAAUAAAGCGGCUACCUCGAUCCCCAGAUCUUACACCACUCACCUACUAAUCUUAUUGAUUUGAAACAAAAAAUAAUAGUGGCGUGUAAUCAACUUACUGAAGGACAAAUUUCAUCUGCAACAAAUAAAGAAUUUCUACGGAGGACAGAAGCAUGUUUAAAUUAUAAUGGAGAGCAGUUUGAACAAUUUAUAAGAUGAUGAAUGAAUGUAAUUUUGAACUAAUAAAAAUAAAAUUAAUUAACAUUGUUUUUUUUUUUUAAUCGCCAUUAAAAGGAAUUAAAAAGAAACAAACUUAAACAAAUUAGUUAGAGGAAGAGGAUCCUUCCGAAAAGUAGGCACUAAAAAUAUCACUAGAAGAUAGCAUGAGGUGCUAAAAUUUUAAGCCAUAAAAUUGAUAAGUAAUUCAAAAAUAUCAAACAAAUAAUAUCAAUCUUUGAAAUAUCCAUAACUCGGCUAUUUUUUAACAUAGGAAGUUGGUUUUACCAUUAAUAUUCAUAAAAAAAUAAGAGUAAAAAUAUUUAACCAAAAAAAAGGCGGGGUUGCCUUUUUUAAAAAAAAAAAGUUGAUAUGCGCAUGCGUGAAAUGACAUGGCAUACAAAUUGUUUAAUUAGUCAAAUAAAUUAUAAAAAAGUUUUUUAAGCAUCAAAAAUAAACAGAAUUCAAAUAUAUUUAAAAAUUAUUAAGUUAUAGAGUAUUUUCAACAAACGAUUACACACUGUAUAUCUAACUAAAUAGCGAAUGAUUAACCGUCAAAAACCAAAAAUCAAAGAACGAUAACACCAUAAAAUUUAGAGGUAUAUCAGCAUUCUAAUUCUGCGCCGUAUUGCUUUUUUCCCGAUGUUAUUAAUACAUGCAUAUAUUGAAUGAUCCAGUGAACAGCUGUACUCAUUAUCUCGGAAAAUGUUACCUUUUUUCAAACAUUUUUUUUUUUGGAAAUCAAAGAAACAAGUAACUUUAAAAUAUUACUUUUGAUUAUUAAAUGGUAAUCCAUAUUCAAAAUUAACAUUUUAAAAAUGCUUGUUUCUUAAAUUGUUAAAAAAAAAAAAUUAUAAAUAAAUAAAUAAAAAAUAAAAUUUUAAAUUAGUUAAUACUUUCUGAGAUAACGAAUUUACCCACUUAAAUCACUUAAAUGGAUCACUCGCUUUCGUUCUGCGAUAUUCGUAUACUUAAUCGUAGUAUCAUAGCGUGUACUGACCAAUGAGAAGCGGAGAAAAGCUGCAAUAUGGCCGAUAUUUCGGUAUCACGAGCUCCUUGAUUUUAUGAUGAUAUUAUAAUAAUAACGCAUAUAAAAGUAGUAUAUGUAGUUUUCAAUUUUGAACAACGCGAGGAAUGUAUUGAUUUGACUAUGAUGUGUGCAUUUUUUUCUAAUAAAACAAUUAUUUUACGAAAAAUCUGGUCAAUUCUGGUAGUAAAUUUUGUCUAGCUAAUCUAUUGAAUGGAUUAUUUGUAUUAUUUUUCUUAAUGGUUAGGACAAAACAGAGAAAUAAAGGCAAUAAAUAACGGUUUUUGUUAUUUUUAAAUAUUUUUUAUAUUUAAUUCUAUUAGAAAUAUAAUUUAGAUCUGAGAUUUUCCCAAAUUACUUAUAUAAGCAUUCUAUAGAUGAGGUACAAUUUUCAAAAUAUUCUGGUAAUUUUCGAAAAAAAAAAAAAAAAAAAACGUUUAACGUAAUGUAGUAAUUAAAGUGUUUAAAAUUUAAUUUUUAAUGAAAAUCGUAAAAAUUGUGGCAGUUAUAAAUUGACACAAUUUUAAAUUUAAGUUGUUCGAAAUAUUUUUAACUGAAGCUCAAAAUCGUUUUUUAUUAAAAAUGAUUUAUCGUUACGUAUAGAUGGGAACUAAAUAAUUCUAUAUAAUAUUCAACCUUCUCAAUUUUUCACCUACAACAGUGUCAAAUAGCAUAAUACCGGCCGUUUUCGAGAAAAAAAUGGAAAAAUGUACUUGUGAUGUUAUGUUACGAUUAUUGGUAUUUAUUUCUUUAAAUUGUAAAUUAUACCUAAAUAUGUCAUAUUCUGUAAAUAUUACAAUUUCACUAGUCUUAAAAGGGCAUCCUAGUGUUUUACAGCCCGUAAUUCGACUUUGAAAACAGUUUUGCACGGAAAAAAACUACUCGGGUUAUAAAUUUAAUAAUUAAGAGAUCAAAUUUUCACCAUAGAAUAAGACAAAUUUGAGCUAUACAAAAUCUAACGAUCGUUAGAUAUUAAAAGUACAAACAAAAUUAAAAUUGUUUAAAAAUCUAGUAUUUUAAAUUUUUCAAUCUCAAAAAUCUUAUAUGAGAAAGUUCUAUGCGCAUUUUAUAGAAUUUUUACUAACUACAACUUCAUAGUCCGAGUAGUUUUGGCUCACACGAACUAGUUUUUCGUGAAUAUCUUUGUUGAUUUUACGAUUACACAAUUAAUGCUUGUAAUAAUGACAGGGACGAGUGAGUUUAAAUAUUUUUAAGUUGAUAAAAUUUUAUUUUUUCAGUGUCCAGAAGAUUGGCUAUAAACAACUCCUUUUAUGCGUCUUUAUUGUCUCUUCAAUCCCUUUUAAAUAAUAAAAAAAUAUUAGUAAAAUUCAUCCGAUUUUUUAUGUUCAUGAAAUCGUGGUCAAAUUUCUUCAGAAAAAUGUACAACUGUACUAUACUUGAACCUCAUCCUAUCGUAUAUUUAAUCCAAUAACGAAGGAUGAGAAGUUAUUGUAGCAAAGUUAAAAAAAAAAUCAAAAUAUUAAUAUAUUUUUUUAAUUUAAUAAAUAAUAACUAAUUAGAAACGCAGAAGAUACAUUUUUGAAGUGUACAUUUUUUAUGACAAUUACCAAAAUACGCAAAUAAAUUAACAAUAAACUUAGUAUAUAAUUUUUAUAACAGCUUUUCAGCUCGACUACAGCUAUAUAUAUAUAUAUAUAUACUCGUAAAUAGAAGAUUCCAACAUUUUUUUUUUCAUUUUAAUUUUUUGUAAAACUAUAAAAUAUCUAUAAUUUCCCGUCUCCAUUAUAAUAUUAUAUAAUGUUGAUUGAUCGAGGGAUUUCGCUAUUCGUUUCAGACGUAUUGCGUGGACAAACAGGUGGCCGAUUCAGCGUGUACGGCCACGGCGUACUUGACCGGCGUGAAAGCUAACUUCGAGACGAUCGGGGUGACGGCCAAGGUGAAAACUUUCGACUGUCUCGGGUCGUUGGCGCCCGAAAAUAGGACCCAGUCUAUAGCUGAGUGGUCGAUGAAACACGGCAAAGCCGUUGGAUUGGUAACCACAGCCAGGGUGACGCACGCCUCGCCGGCCGGCUUGUAUGCGCACGUGGCCUCCCGGGAAUGGGAGGAUGACGGUAUGAGUGGUAAAGAGAACGAGCCCGACGUGAGCAAGUGCGAUGACAUCGCCAAGCAGCUAGUGACCGGUCAUCCCGGUAAAGACAUUAAGGUAAUAUUUUAGGUGUGAUAAUGUUACGGUUGCAUGGGCUUUUGUAAUAUGCUAAUCAUUUAUCCGUGUUAAAUUUGAUCGGUAUAAACGAUAUAAAUGUUAUGAACUUAUUAAAAUAUUUAUAUAUUUUAUUUUUUGGUCAAAAUAAUUGUAAUCGUCUCUUCUAUUUUUCUAUAUACUUACAUACCUCUAAAUCCUAUAUUCUUUAAAAGUUUUUGCAUCCGUGACUACGAUUGCCGCUUAUCUUUAUCUUGAAAUACCUCUCUACAAUUAUCACCUCUCAGACUUCUCAGCGCGCUUCGUUAAUUCAUCUUUUUCUAUCGUCUUUUCUAUGUCUUUUUCAAGGUUUCCAUUAUGCCACUUAACUAGUGUAUUCUUUGUUCCUUAAUUAAAUUCGUCAGAAUAUGGUUUAUGUUGAGUUAGGAUUUAGUAGCGGCACAACUAGUUGACCAAAUCACGGAGGUGUUAAAAUUAUGAAACUCAUAUAGCUGUAGGAGGCUCUAUCCCCCCAUACUCCCCAAGAUAAUGCACAGACAAUUUUAACACAUUUUAUUUGUAUUUUUCAUUGUAUUUCAAAUUUUUAAACAUAAUUUUCGAUCGGUAGAUGCAAAUUUGUUCAAUAUUUCUUCCGGGUCAAUUUUAUUUGUUAAGUAUCUCUCAAUAUUAAUGAUACCUAAGUUACUAAACUGUCACUGUGUCAUAAUAUUUUUUAGUCAUUGUUUUUAAUUUUCGCAUAAAAGAAAAACUACUCUCGAAUGUUGUUGAACUGACUAGGAUAGUUAAUGCAACCUAUAUUCGUUUGUAGAGAUUUGGAAAAACGUCUUUAUUUAUAAUUAGUUUAACAUCAUCUUAAUCUUGAUAAAAUUAUAAUUACUUGUUAUAUGAAAAGUAGUAGAAAAGUGCGGUUAGGUUAGGUUAGAUUCUAUCCUUAUUACUUUUAUUAAAUUUUGUAAUAAUCGGAUUGACGGAAUAUGUUAAUAAUAUAUUUAAUAAUACCGACAAAGAAAUAAUAUUGCAUGUAUUCGAUGUUACUAUGUACGAUAUACUAUAUAUACUGAUUAGUUUUUCGAUGUCAAAGGUUUGUUAUUUUUUUUUUUUUACAUAUUUUUGAUAACUGUGUGCAUUUUAUUUUGGUCAUGUCUCUUAUACUGAGCUAAAAAAAAAAUAAUAAUAAUAUACAUUAUCAUCGGUAUAAGAGGACGACUAGGUAAAAAAAAAAAAAAAAUGCGUAAGAAAUAAAUUAAAAUUUGUAACUAAUGAGUGUUUAAGACGUGUAAAGGAUUGACAAAUUAUUUCCGUCUUCUUUCACUUGGCGCAUUUGACAUUUUUUUUUCAAACGUUUUAUCUUUUAAUAGCGUUUUUUUUAUGUUCACUAUUUUUCCACUCGUUUUUCCAAACCCAUCGAAUAUUUGAGAAGAGCUAUUUGUUUUACAAUGGAAUUUUGUUUUCGAUUAACAUUUUUCGGUUCAGUUUAUUAUAUAGUGGCAUCACGGAGAUAGAAGACGGUUUUUUCUAAAUCUAAAUUUCUUAGAAAAUAGGCUAAACUUAUGCCUCGAAAGCUAUGUUUAAUCGUUUGCGUGAGUUAAUUAUAUAGUAUAUAUAGUAUAUAUGUAACGCUUUUUGAGUAUGAAACUAUAUAUUAUCGUUUUUUCAGUUUAGACUAUGGUUUGAAUUUGGUUUUUUUUGUCUUUUUGUUAUAAGAUGCUUAUUAAAACAAUAUAAAGUAAUAAUGUCAAUUAUUAAAAUGUAGGUAAUACUCGGCGGCGGCCGUCAGAUGUUCUUGCACAAAAAUAACACGGAACGAAAAGGAAAUAGAAUGGAUAUGGACCUUUUGAAACUAUGGAAGGAAGAUAAGACUAAACGUUUCCGGACCCAUAACAACGCAACAUACGUCGAAGACAGGGAACAACUAUUGAAUGUCGACCCUUCUAAAACCGAUUAUUUAUUGGGUAAGCUGCAAAUAACCGAUAUGAACUUGUAAUGUUAUAUUUAUUUUGUUUCUUAUACAGUCGACUUUAUGUGCGAAUGACAUUAAUUCGAAAUGUAAAAGGGAUUAUAAUUUACUAGUAUAUUAUAGUAUAUUAUUAUACAUGUAACAGUCAUUUAACUAACAUAUUUUUCAUAUUAUUUUGACGGAUUUAUUUUCGUUUUUUUUUUGAGAUUCUGAGCGCAGCGAAGAAUAUACGUAUAUUGUUUUUACUAUGAUGUGUACUUUUAACAGAAGGGAAAAUAAUGUAUAUCUGUAAGCAUAGAUAAACCAUUGCUAACCAAAACACAAUUCUGAGCAGAGUUCAGUUGAUAGUGUUACUUUGUCGAUAAUAUAUAUAUGUCAUAAUAUGGUAAAUUAAUUUCAAGACAUUAUAUAUUGUCUUUAAUAAUAUUGUAACUAUUUUUCCAGUUUUCCCAUUAACUGGGAAAAUUCAUGGGAAAAUCAAAAAUAACCUUCUUAAAGUACCAUCACCCCUGUCAGAUUUCCUUUCAAAAAAAGUGCUAUACUUGUACAUUGAAGCAAUAUUUCUGGAAGAAAAGUUGUUCACAAUUGAAAAAAAAAUAUUAUUGUAACUCCACUCAGAAUCUAAUACUGAUUCGUUUUGUAUUAUUAAACAGUCUAUUCCAUCACAAGCUCAGGCUGAAAGGGGUUAAUAUAUGUACCUAUAUUUCAUUACAUAUAUAUAUUUUAAAAACAAUUUAGUUUAAAAAAAAAUUGAAAUCUAACCUAACUUAAACGUUAUUAGUAUAAUUCAAAAUUCCAGUAUAAUUUGUUGAUAUAAAAUACUUUUUAAAAUAAUUAUUUGAAGAAGUGGUCCUUCGGGAAAACUUUCGAAUUCCCGAUGGCCCAAUAACAGAGCAAAACCGAAAAAAAACGUAGAAAGAACGUGAAAGUUUACAAAAAGAAUACAGUUAUUAUUUUAAACUUUCAUAUUUGUUGAAAUUAAGUUAAAAAUAUUCGUCAACACUUGAAAUUUUAAACUUAAAGUUGCCUUUUCUAAAGUGGUAAAAAAUUUUUACGUAUAUUUAUUUGGUAGUUAAUUUGUGGGUACAAUUGUUAGACUACACAAAAUGCUUGAAUAGUUGACAGCAUGUUCAUUAUAAGUCAUGCUUAGUGGUGAAAAAAAAAAAUUAUGUUUGAUGUAGUAUUUUUUUUAUUUAUAUAAAUUAAAAUCAAAUUGUGACGAAAAUCAUAAAUCUUACGGCCCUGUAAAUUAUGUAUCAAACGAACUUUUUGAUCAGAAUAGUUUUUAGUUAGCAAUGGUUUAUUGUUGCUUUGCUUAUAUAUAUAAAUUGAAUAAUCUUAUAUAUCCUAUCGUCCCAACUUUUCACCAGUGAAACAGUGGAAGACUCAUCUACAAUAUCAGAUAUGUUUUUUUUUCUUUUAGUCGUUGAUGUAAGUUUAUUUACAUGUGUAACGUGUACUUGGAAAGUUUAUUUUUAUUUACGUCGUUUAAAAAAUUAAUAACGAUACUUAUAUGAUAUUUUUUUCCCUAAAGGACUUUUCGAUGACAAACAUAUGAAAUUUCACUUGAAUGCGGACCCAAAAACACAGCCCACCCUGGAGGAGAUGACGGAAAAAGCAAUCGAAAUUUUGAAGAAGGAGAAAAACGGAUUUUUUCUGUUUGUCGAGGGCGGUCUGAUCGAUUCAGCCCAUCAUAUGUUGUUUGCCAAGAAGGCGCUCGACGAGACCGUGGAAUUUUCUAAGGCAGUCCAGCGCGCCGUAGACAUGACAAGCGAGGACGACACACUGAUUGUGGUCACAUCCGACCACUCACAUGUCAUGACUAUGAGUGGAUAUCCAGAUAGGGGCCAGGGGAUCACGGGAAUGUCGGGGAUGCAGGGGUUGGACGGCUUGCCAUACCCCACGCUUAGUUACGCCAACGGCCCUUCUGCCAAACGCGUCGAAGGAGCCACAGCAGGUUGCAAUGGAUCGGAUUCUUGCAAAGUUAACAUCGGUAUGUUGUCACGUUUACGAUCAUUACAUAUACCAGACACUUUUUUUAAAGAGAAAUACAUAUUUUUUGAAAUCUUAAAUUCGUACGUUGAUAAGAUUCAAAAUAUUCCUCCAGGAUUCAGAAGUAUUAUAUUUUGGUGUUACUGGCCAUCGAAUUAUUCUUAACGGUUAGUUUAUUUAAAAAAAUGUUCUUUACGGCUCGCCACACACAACCCACCCAUUCAAGACGUAUGGCUUAAAAAUCACAUAAUAUAUUGUUUAUUGUGUAAGGUUUCCAUGAUGGCGUUUUUUUCUUUUUGAUUCCCCAAUAAGAUAUUUAUAGAUAAUAUUUCUAAGAUUUUUUCUUCUUCUCUUUUUCCAUUACCCCAAAUAUUUGGAAUCGGCCACCCCCGUUCUAAAUUUCAGCAGAUAUCUCGCUUCGCAUACAUCGGUUGUUCUCAAUCGCAUCCAAUCAUAUUUUUUUGUCUUUCUCUCCGUCUAUUUUAUCCUGAAUUUAUUGUCACUUUAAUUCUUACUGCUUCAGAUUCCCCUUUCCAAUAUGCUUAAAUCAUUUCAGUCAGUUCAUUUUCAAAUGAUAAUUGAAAUACGUAUAUAAUGUAGGAAUUUAAAUUUGUAUAUUAAUAAAUUAUGGAACAGAAGUAGGUACUUAUUUAUAUAUUUGAAUAAUAUUAAUAUUGAUUUUGUUUUCUUUCUUUUGGCUGUUUUUCAUCAAAUUUGGGUUGGCUAUUCUGUCAUCAUUUGGGAUUGUUAUUCCACGUCGAUUUAGACGGUAAAACAAAUGUUUUAUAUUUUUUUUUUUUGUCAGAGAUUUUCUCCUUGGUGCUUUUUUUUUUUUAUUUUGUUUAACUAAUUUUUAAUGUUGCAACAUUACAAUGAGUUUUUUUCUAAUACAGUUUAUACAUAGAUUAUUAUUACACCAGAUAAUGGUUUAAAGUUUACUGACGAUUAAAUGUUCUGAAAUAUACCUUAUAUUUACCGUAUCCUACGAAAUAUUAUCUGUUCAGUCUAUAUCGACAGUAUUUUUGAACAGCAUGUUCAUCCAGCUUUCGUAUACUGUAUCAUACUAAUAAAAUAAUUGCAUUUAUCAACUACGGCAAUUUUCGUUAAACUGUCUGACCUUCGUUUCGUUUAAUAUAUUAUUUAUAUUUCCCUAGAACAAUGCUUAGUACAAUAUACAUUACAAGGUCCGAAAGGUGAAUGUAUUAUCGAUUUUUUUUUUUGUAUAUCAUAUCGUUUUAAUAUAUUAUGUCCAUAUUAUUCGUCUUAAUAAAAAAAAAAAAAAAAAAAAAAAAACACGAUAAAUAAUAAUUUAUAAUAAUUAAUUCCAGUUGAUUAAAUGUAGCAUUUUAUACAUUCGUUAUCUCAAUUUGGUAGUGUUUUUCGAAAAUAUUAUCUGAUAAAAAAAAAAAAAAAUGUUCAGCUAUAUUGACAAAAACGAAAUAACAGCCCCCCCCCCUUUUCUCCGAAUACGUUAUUCCAUUUAACACUCUUUAAUAUUGUUAUUCGCGUUCCGAUUUCGAGUUAAACGUCAAAAUCGAUGUUUCCCGUAGUAAAAGUUUCAAUGUGUCGAUUUCGCUUAAACAAUCAUUAUUAUUAUUGAACACUAUACAAAUUCUGAUUUAUUUGAACUUUUUAGUAUAUUUAAAGCCGAUAUUUUCAAAUAUUUAGAUUUAUCACGACAUUUAAGGAGCAUCCUGUGGGGUGAUACAAAUUCUUUGGUUUUUCAAAUGAAAACCUAUACUAAAUAUUCCAUAAAUAGACAGAGUAUUACUUAAAAUAUAUUUUGGUUUUCCGUAAUACUCAUAUUUUUCAUUUCCGUCAACCCGUUAAUGAAAUAUUCCUCUUUUAAGUUUAGAUAGAGAAAAAGUAGUGGAGCACUAACAAAACGCUGCGCGUUGUGUCGCCACACAAAUGAUACUCCACUACCCUCAGCCUACCUAAACUUAAAAGUUGAAUAUCUCGUUAACGGAUAGACGGAAAUCAAAAAAUUUGUUAGCAAAAUUUAUUUGAAAUAAUACUCCGUCUAUUCAUGGAUUUUUUUUUUAGGUUCUCAUUUGAAAAACCAAAGUUAUAUAAAAUAUAUACAAAAUUUAACCAAAAAAAAAAAAAAAAAAUGCGGUGAGCAGUGCUCACUGAGCACGCUUAGCGAAUCACCUUGUAUACGAAGUCGUGUAAAGUUAUAUUCAGACGUGAUAUCCGACUCGCGUCCGGGUUUCUAAGCACCUUUUGAAAACGGAGCGCGCGUAUAACCACCAGACGGAUGCAUCCGAGAGGACGAGCGACUUUAUUGUCGGCACACCGACGCUGUUCGCUCAUUUUUAUACGCGCUAAUAAAAAGUUUUAUAUAAUAUGCGUACCUAUAUGCGUAUACAAAUUUCGUUCGAUACCUAUAAGCGAGCAGUCGUGUCCUUUGGAAAAUAUGUUUUAUAACUUUCGAUUCGUAUAAUAUUAAAAUAUUGUAUGUGUUCGCGCAUCAUAACUUCCGCGUACCUACGUGAGUUCGGUGAACUUUUUCGCCGAGACGUCUGAAACGAUUCUGUUUUGCUAUACGUUGCGUGAAAUAUUAUAAUAUAUCGCUACAUGAUUCUUUUCGCCGUUUAACUUUAUACCCGCGUACUCCUAUAUAAUAUUUUGUUCUUCCGCGGGAAUUUAUUUAUUUUUUUAUACAUUUUUUCCGAGCGUAUAAAUACACGUACAAAUAUAUAUAUAUGUAUAAAAAAAAAUGUAUUAAGGUUUAAACAAUCGUCCGCUCACGGGCCCGUUAAAACCGUAUAGAAUAAAAAUGUUCACGGUCUGUAGGAUAUAUUUUUUGGACUUUUUAAAAUAUAGUACAAUUCUUCUCGGAACCAUUGAAUUGGCUUCCAAAUUCAGAGAUAAUCGACGUUUAUACGCAUUGAAUUGGUUCCCAAGAUUUAUGCAUUGAGUUGGCUCCCUCAGCAUUUAUUUUAUAAAUCCAUUGGUUAUAAAAAUCGUUCGAAAUAAUAACUUAACUAUACAUUAAAAUAAUUUAAAACACAAAUAUUAUAUUUUAUAGUCCAUCAAAAUCGUUAAAAAUUAGUACCUACAUUUAAAUGUAUUUUGGAGAGGAUUGUUUAAUUCUCUCUUUUCAAUACUCAUUUUUUCAGCCGAAUUCAUUUUAUACAAAACUAUAGGGGUACAAAUUACGAAGAACUGCGACGAAUUGCGAUGAAUUGCGAGUACUGCGUUUAACGAUAUCAGUGAAACUAGUAGUUGAACUAUAUAAUUAUAAUGGUUGUGACUGUUUAAUGUGUUAUCGGAUUAAAGAUUAGAUAAUUCCCAGUAGUUAUUUGGCACUGUGUCACUAAAAAUAUUAAAGUCACAUACUUUUUCCACUUUUGUAUUUAUAGGACCAAUUUAUAUUUUGAGAGAACCACUUGUUCAAAAUCGUAUUGGGAGCAAAUUCAAUAUUUAAUUUCUUGUGAACUAAUUCAAUGUUUGAUGAGAAAUUUCACCUAAUAUUGGGAGCCAAUACAAUAGUCGCCAUUCUUCUUCUACAAAAGGCCAUUGCCAUGUGGUUACAAAUCUGGUUCUCCAUUUUUCUCUCUUUAUAGCCAAUAUUUUCAUGUCUGUGUCACUAUUACAGCCAGCUUGUCUUGUAAUUUCUUUUAUAUAUGCUUUUCAUGGACUUUCCCUUCCUUUCUAUCCAUUUAUCCAUUUUUCAAAUAUGUUCGUUACAAAUAGAUUAUGCCACAAUAAGUGGCCGCACAUUUUUCCUCUUCAUUUCCUUAUAAUACUUAACAGAAUGCUUUUUUCACAUACUUGAGUUAAUACAUUUACAUUAAUUUUAAUUUCUGUCCCCAACUGACUUUCAAUAAUAUUCUCCACGUCCACACUUUCAACUUCUUUUUGUCUUUCUCAAUCAUAGUUCACGUCUUAAAACGGUACAGCAAAACACUCCAUACAAAGCAUUUGGUGAAGUUUUCCUCAUCUCCAUCUUAACCUUUUUAUUUGUAAUCAGCUGUUUUUUUUUUGUUCAAAUACUUUUUUUUCCAUACUUAUUUGUUGAUUAAUCUUUGCCGAGCAUCUACUAUCGUUAGUUAGAGUACUCCCUUUAAUUAGCUAACUAAAGAAAAAAACCUAUUUCUGAUAUAAAGUGCCAUCGAACGCAUCUUUUGAGGUGUACUGUGUGAAGAAAUCGGAUUAUUUUUGACUAACCGAAAAACGUUUUUUGAGAAAAAUGAAUAACUAUAAAAAAUUACACAAAUAAAUCAGGCGAAUAUUAGUAGUAUUUACUGUAGUGGUUUUCUUUUAUUUUUACAACCUUUUGAAACAAACGAAAAUGAACUUCGUUCGUGUUAUCGAUCAGUAGUUAUUCAGAUUAUUUAUAUCUGAAGGAAGACUAAACGCAAUACUAUAGAAAAUUUACUAGAUAACUUUCAUGUUUUUUUUUUUUUAUUUUGUACUACAGAACACAAUGUUGUGUAAUAUUAUAAAUUGUUCAAACAUACUAUAGUAUGCUUAUCGUUGGUGUACUCAGCUUUUUUUUAAAAGAGGGAUAUAAAUUACUUUACUUCCGUAAUCCAAUAAAUAAACUAUGUACAAUAUUAUUAUAUUCAAUAAACCAUGUUUGAAGAUUACCGAGAUCGUAUACACACAAUAUACUGUUAUAUUAUCAAUAGAAAGUUUAUUUUUAAUAAAAAAAAAAAAAAAAAAAAAAGAGUAAAAGAAACCCACGACGAAAUACACUAGUGAAAUCGAUUUUUUCAUUGCAUUUAGAAAAUAAUCGCUUAUUUUCAUUCACUAUCGCUGUCGUAUGUUACCUAAUUUAGACAAAUAUUGUACAAUGUCGUCGGUUACCCGGCAAAACCUCGCAAGUCAAUUAGGAAAAAUUAUACACGAGAACCAAAUGCCACGGCGGACAUUAAAAUGAAAAUUUGCCUUACGACGUCUUACCGCGGGUAGCCGAUGAUAUUCAUUUUCGUGUCAUCAGGAACCUUUGUUAUAACAAUUAUACUUUGGGAUUUCGACACGUAUUGAAUAAUAAUAUCGUAUUUCGUUUUCAGACGAUCCGUCGUACAGGUACCCGUCAUUGGUGCCGUUGGACGACGAGACCCACGGGGGCGACGACGUUAUGGUGUUCGCCCGGGGCCCCUGGGCCCAUCUGUUUAGUGGAAACUACGAACAAAACAUCAUACCGCUGACCAUGGGAUACGCGGCCGGCAUCGGGCCGUUAGCUGGACUAAAGAACGGCCCAGCACCGUAUUCUUCUGCUGGAUAUCCGGUUGCGUCCGUCCCGUCACUAUUCUACACCAUGCUGGGCAGUUUUUUUUCGACUUACAUCGUCGUCGUCAUCCGAAGCUCGAUUUGUUAA